AGACGAAAACCAGGAGAAGAAAAAUACAAAAAAGGGACAGAGAGGCGGAGGAAAGAGGAAAUGCGACGAAUCUCGGCUCGUCGUUAAGGGAAGCUGCCUUUUAUAAGUGAGAGGAAAGGGGGGCGGGGGGGAAAUCGAACGGGAUAUCUGCGGCAGUCGUGCAAGAGCUGCUGCACCUGACUACUUUCGGUAGGAUCGCGAGUGGUAAAUGCGGCCAAGUCCACGUCCGUCGUGUGUUUCGUGCAACCGAGGGCCUACUAAUCGCGAAAAACCCCAGAUCUACAACGAGCUUUCAACGAGCGGCCUAAUCGCUGUUAAUGGCAUAGAAGGUAUUCGGUGGCGAUCGUUUCUUUUUUCAAGAGAGAAGGAGGAAGAAAGUCGACUGGCGAGUACAGCGAGCGACAGUAACUCGUGGACGGACAAUAACGAAGAGGAGGGUGAAGAGGAAGAAGGGGUGGUGCGCGCUUUAUUCGAGAAGCGAAGCUACUUUUCGGAAGGGUAAGAAACGCCGGUGGGCUGCACGGCACAUCUGGAAGGGUUGCACGACCUGGAGCAGGAGCAAGAGGAAGAGGAGGCAGGAGGAGGAGGAGGAGGUGGAAGAGAAGGAGGAGGUGGUUGUAGCGUUGAAGCUGGAGGAGUCGGGAGGCUACGAGGGUGGUUGCACGUCGUCGUCGCGUGACGUGCGGAAAGAGCAGACGAAGCGUGGAGGAGGCAUGAGGAGGAGAGAGUGACGACGCUGCCGGUGCUGCAGCCUCGCACAGAUCGUGAGAGGACCGGCGGCCCCACGGUGGGGCUACGAUAAGAAUGGCCCCCUUCAAUAUGGCGGGCGUUGCAGGCCUUCUAGCCACCUGCGCCGCCGCUGCUGUUUCCGCUGCCCACCUUCUGCCGUUGCUGCUGUUGCUGUUCUGCCCGCGAGGGACCCACACGGAACAAGUUGUUCUCUUGGACACGACACAAGAGGAGAAGCUCGAGUGGACAAAGUAUCCGUUCGGCGCGGAAGCUAACACCCCAGGGUGGGUGGAAGAGUCGUUCACCAACUUCGACAAGGGCAUCAAUUGGCGGAGUUACGUCGUCUGCGACGUAGCGUACAACAACGUGAACAAUUGGCUAUGGACGCCGUUCAUCGAGAGGGGACCGGCGAACCGCAUGUACAUAGAAAUACAAUUCACGACUCGUGACUGCUCGUUGUUCCCCGGAAACGCGCUCAGUUGCAAAGAAACUUUCAGUCUACUUUACUACGAGUUCGACGUGGCUACCAAGGAACCGCCACCGUGGGAAACGGAUAGUUACAAGUUGAUCGGACGCAUCGCUGCUGGCGAGGGAAGGUUCAACACUAACACCGGGGUGGUGAUAAACACGGAGGUCAAAUCCAUUCCAGUGACGAAGAAGGGCGUGUACUUUGCGUUCCGCGACCAGGGAGCUUGCAUCUCCAUCUUGGCCAUUAAAGUUUACUACAUCAGCUGCCCGGAGAUCUCUGUGAACUUUGCACACUUCCCGGCAACGCCAACGGGUCGCGAAGUCGCGUUGAUCGAACAAACGAUCGGCACUUGCGUGGACAACGCGGUGGUCAUCGAACAGCCAACCUUCCUCUGCAAAGGAGAUGGCAAAUGGUACCUGCCUAACGGUGGAUGUCACUGCAAACCUGGCUAUCAGGCUGACGUCGAGAAGCAAGCGUGCACCGAGUGCGCGAUCGGUAAAUUCAAACACGAAGCUGGGUCGCACAGUUGCGAAGCUUGUCCGGCUCACAGCAAAUCCUCCGAUUACGGAUUCACCGAAUGUCGAUGCAACGCCGGUUAUUUCAGGGCCGAGAAAGAUCCGAAGAAAAUGCCUUGUACACAACCACCGUCGGCGCCACAAAAUUUGACGGUGAACUUCGUUGACCAGUCUACUGUGAUUCUGUCGUGGAAUGCGCCGCACAUGCUGGGCGGCAGAACAGAUACGACUUACAGGGUGGUCUGCGAUGCCUGUAGUAUGGGCGUCAAAUACAUUCCCAACACCGAAGUUUUCAACGACACGAAGAUCACGAUAACGGGUCUAAACGCGGUGACCACGUAUCGAUUCCAAGUAUUUGCCGAGAACGGUGUAUCGGCGUUGGCUGGAAAAUCCGAGUACGUGGACAUCACCGUCACCACAGAAGCUAGCGUACCUAGUUUGGUGAGCAACGUCAGGAUUACCAGCGUGAAGAGUUCGGAACUGAGCAUUAGUUGGGACGCUCCGGUAACCGAGGUCGGCGGAGACAGCGAUCUGGUCGAAAGAUACGAAGUGAGGUGUUAUCCGCGAUACGACGAUGCUACCAACGCUACGGUUAUACAAACUUCCGAGUUAUCCGCGACGUUCAAAGGCCUAAAACCAUCGACGGACUACGCGAUACAAGUACGAGCGAAGACAACGCGAGGCUGGGGCGAAUAUACGCCCAUAGUUUAUAAAAAGACGCCUCACGCUAUGGGACUAGACUACGUCGGAGAAGAUGACAAUAUGCAAGUAAGGAUCAUAGCAGGAGCUAUCGUUGCUGUGGUAGUCCUUCUGGUGAUCAUCAUUAUCAUGACCGUUCUGAUUUUGAGAAGCAGGGCCUCGGACGAAUGCAACAAGAAACAGCCCAGUGACUGCGAUACCCUGGAGUAUAGAAACGGCGAAGGACUAGUUGUGACCUACAUGCACUGCAAAAUGGACAGUUCACCGAUUGUGACAACCCACACCAACAACAAGAGCAAGUCCUCGCUGACCACGCCGCUGUUCACACCUGCAGUGGGAGUUGCUGCCGCGAGUGCAGGAGGUGCUGGUGGCGGAGGUGCAAGGAGUUACGUCGACCCUCAUACCUACGAAGAUCCGAAUCAAGCUGUGAGAGAAUUCGCCCGAGAAAUCGACGCAGGAUACAUCACGAUAGAAGCUAUCAUAGGUGGUGGAGAAUUUGGCGACGUUUGUCGAGGAAAAUUAAAACUACCGCCAGACGGUCGAACGGAGAUCGACGUCGCGAUCAAGACUUUGAAACCAGGCUCCGCGGACAAAGCUCGCAACGACUUCCUCACUGAAGCCUCCAUCAUGGGUCAGUUCGAGCAUCCGAACGUGAUAUUCCUGCAAGGCGUCGUAACCAAGAGCAAUCCAGUGAUGAUCAUCACGGAGUUCAUGGAGAACGGUAGCCUGGACACUUUCCUGCGUGCGAACGACGGCAAGUUCCAGGUGCUGCAGCUUGUAGGCAUGCUUCGCGGUAUCGCGAGCGGCAUGCAGUAUCUUGCUGAAAUGAACUACGUACAUCGAGAUCUCGCGGCGAGGAACGUGCUCGUGAAUGCUGCCCUCGUCUGCAAGAUCGCCGAUUUCGGGCUUAGCCGGGAGAUCGAAAGCGCCACGGAAGGAGCGUACACGACCAGGACUGUUUACUCCGGCAAAAAGGGUGGAAAGAUCCCGGUACGAUGGACAGCUCCGGAAGCGAUAGCGUUCCGAAAGUUCACCAGCGCUUCCGACGUAUGGAGCAUGGGCAUCGUUUGUUGGGAGGUGAUGUCCUACGGCGAAAGACCGUAUUGGAACUGGUCUAAUCAGGAUGUGAUAAAGUCGAUCGAGAAAGGAUACAGGCUUCCAGCACCGAUGGAUUGUCCGGAAGCGAUCUAUCAGCUGAUGCUCGAUUGUUGGCAGAAGGAACGAACCCAUCGUCCUACCUUUGCCAAUCUCACUCAAACCUUGGACAAAUUGAUACGAAGCCCGGACACGCUGCGGAAAAUCGCCCAGAACAGAAUCAGGGAAAGGGGUGCUCCACCCCCACCCCCACCCGCCUCGUCGACAUCCUCCAACGUGCAUUUGAGGAAAAGGGGCACCAAUCCACUGGCGCCGGACGCGGUGGACUUGACGCAGCUGACCUCGGUCAGCGAGUGGCUGGCUUCCAUCAAGAUGUCACGGUACGCGGAGAGUUUCGAAAGAUCCGGAGUGACCACCUUGGAGGCGGCCGCGCGUGUUACCGUACAAGAGCUGACGGCGCUCGGGGUGACGUUGGUGGGACACCAGAAGAAGAUAAUGAACAGCGUGACAGCGCUCAGAGCACAGAUGUCGGCCACUUCGCAAGGUUUUCUCGUUUAAUGGCGUCGACGUUGCGACCGACGCAGGAUUCGAUUCCAUGUACCAUCGACGAAACGCAUCGUUCGUUCGAGAAGCUUUCGCGUCGAUCACCCUCUGAACGGAAUUGUACGAAGGCACGACGGUCCGGAGCAUCGUCAUCCUAGUCAGGGCGAUAGACGUUUUUCUUCGAAGAGAAGCUUCGUUCGCGAACGCAAGACCACGAGCGACAGGAGAAGCCAAGCGAAAAGCGAAAAGACGCCGAAAGAGGCGAGGUGUCCGUCGCCAGUUUGGGAGAAUCGGCGAGGAACCGCGUAUCGCAGACAUUCCAACGGAGAAAAAGCGCCGGAGAUCCGUUCGAGUUGCCGCCUGCCACGUCGGAUGGAAGACGAGGAAAUUCGCUGCUGCGACGACGACUCAUCGAACGUAGUAGCUUAACGAAACUAGCGCGAAUCUUCUUCGACUAAAACGAACCACGUACGACACAUUUUUUACGAGACGAUCGUUACGGGAUCAACGCGCGACAAACGCGUAUCGCGACUCCGCGAACGAGCGAGUCCGCCAUCGACUUUGUCUUUCUCUUCCUAGGAAAUUUUUCUCGCGCGCUGCCCAACUCGUGGAUCGUGGCGUCGCGUCGAAAGCAACCGAACUGCCACUGCACGAUCACUGCCGUAUGAAAUUUAGAGAACGUCGUGCGACGAGCCGACGGCGUCGAUCCUACCCAGAGGCCGAACUUUUCCAACCUGCUCACCGUCGAGACUGUCCAGCGCGCCGAAUCGUUGCUCACGCGUACGCGCAAGAACCGUCUUGCCAGACUUUCUUCGUUUCUCGGUCCGAACGCUCUUCGCUGUCAACGAAAAGUCGCUCUCUCGUUUCACAGCGAGUUCCUAACGUACGUGGCGCGAAUCGAACGGUGAACAGGUCCUGCAACGAUUCGCACGAUGCGUGCCGUCGAAUGUCUCUACGGUACAGACCAAUAGCGCGAACAUGAAAUAGACGGCCUAAAGUAUCAACGAGCCCCGCACAGCUUUUGCCCCUCGUUUCGUUCCUCCGUGCGAAAGUUUUCGAACAACGAUCGGUCGUACGAAACCGAAACGAAGAUUCCACAGGUCUAACGAUACUUUUUAAGAUAGCCAUUUACAGGAGGGAGAAAUCGAGCAGGGUAACGCGUCCUCGCUGCGAGUCUAGCGCCGCGUUUUACGUCCCGUGCAGCGAAUAUUUUCUAGCUCUUAUCGACAAAGCUCGAUCGAUGUACAAACGCACGGGCGCAUCUUAGGCGCGGCUCACGCGACGCAUGUAGAUAUACGAAUACGAAAAGCGUUGGCCAUUCCGCUCCGCUUUUGCGAAACGAUCGAAGGAGCGACGGACAAUCGCGCGAGACUGAAAUUCGUCUAGACGUUGAAUAACGCGACGACGAAGCUCGAAGAAAGGAGGAUUCUUGCCUUCGCGUUACCUAUAUGAUAAGUAUAUCGUUUAUACGCGAUUUGUAUAGGUACCUGUCGAUCAAAGGGAAGCAGGGAACGAGUAACGAAGCAGGAACCAUGUGCCAAUAACGCGAAAACAGCGAGAGCGAGAGAGCGAGAGCGAGAGAGCGAGAGCGAGAGAGAAUGAAAGUGUGCGUGAGAGAGAGAGAGAGAGUGUGUGCGUGAACGAGGGAAAAUGUUUUGCGCGAAAGGGAAAGAAAAGGCGCACGUUAUCGCGCGUAAUCGUCGAUUGCGAGGAAAAAUGGUCCCCAUAUAUAUAUAUACACUUAUUGAAAGAGAAAUAGAUUAUACGGUGCGUAAUGCGGGACAGAUUUGUUGGGAACGAUCGUGGGAGCGUGCAACGAGUAGCAGAGAAAGAAAAGAAACGGCGAAACGUGUCCCUCGACACCGUGAACAUAUCAAGGAGUUUAAACGAAAGAUUAAAAAGGACGACGAAAACGCGAGAAGGAACGUGGCGGGUAAAAAUUUUUUCGAAGCAACGACGAGCGAAAGACGUUGGGCGCGAGAUCGACGCGGAGAAGUUUUCGCGACGACACCGACGCGAAAACGGACGCGCACGGUGAACCGCCUUCGAGUAGCGGAUUUACCUUUGUACGAGCGGUUUCGAAUCGUUUCGCAUCGCAGACGCAACGCGUCCGUGCCGCAGCGUGCACGCGUAGCGACAAUAUCCAACGACGAUGGAUGGUCUGUAUCUUGUUGGAUGCACGUUCGCCGAUCGUAAAGACUGCUUGCCAGACGGACGACGAUCUGGCAGACGCCCGUUGAAACCGGCGAACGCUUGCGAGCAAGUCGGCCGAGCCACGGGAAAUUUCUAUUCUUAAUUUAACGAAUUACUCUAGAGAUAUAGUUGGGAAAAGGGAGCCGAUGGACGCCACGAUGAACGACAUUGCUGGCGUACGAACGAACGCGACGUAGCGAAGAAAACGUGGAAUAACUUGGUUCGUUGGUUUGGUGGAUCCAUCGGUGCGCGUCGCGCGCCUCUCCGUCAGGAGAUUCUUACGCGAGAUCGUUCCGUUUGCACUGGAAAAGCGCGAAGGGGGAUGCCGGAGGGUCCGGUCGAAGGGCGGAAGGUCGCGUGGCGAAACGCGCACCCUCCGUUAGCGGAGAAAGAGAACGAGAAGCUACCGAGAAUGGCGACGAUUAAGAAGCAAUAAGCGAAUACACGCAAAUGCAGAUUUUUAUAUAGAGAAUGUUAAAAAAUUUCAGAAAAUAUUAAUUAUCGAUAGCGCUAUCUUCCUAAAUGUUCGUAUUAAAAGUUAAAGGAGAAGUAAGGUAAAGCGUGAGACUUUAACGACAAAGUCGGAUGGAGGAGUCCCAACCGAAUCGCGCGAUAUCGCGACGGAUAGACGGAGAAGAAAAAACGACGCGCAACGAUACGAUGCAACGCGCGGCGUGGCGUUGAAACGAAUUUUUAGAAAUACCAUCGAACGAGAAGGAGAUUUCGGCCGGGACUCCGCCAGAGGGGAAAAAAAGAGAGAAAGAAGAUUUUAAAAACUUUCAGCUGUAACUAUUUGUGUCUAGCGACGAACCUGCGAGUGCGACCUGAAGUUUUGAGAAUGUCGAUAGUUUCAGUGAAUUAAUAUUUAGAUUUCAUAGAUCUCUGUCGAUAUUACACGAUCGUAGGCACGAAACGAGCAGAAGAUAAUUAGUUAGAGCGUAAAAGAUAUCUUAUUAGAGACCUUUUCCAUUUCACUUGAGUCUUUCGCGUUCGAACCUGCCUACAUACAGCUGUCUCUGUUUCUCGAGUCUUUUCGAUCGCAUUUCCUCUUCUUCUUCUUCUUCUUCUACUUCUACUUCUACUUCUCCGAGAACCACGUCAUUUACGUACUUUGAUUCUCUGUAUUUUCCACUCUCCGAUUCUAAUACGCAGGGCGCUUCUUAUUUUGUAAGAGACGAGAAUCCAAGGUGCGAAAACGUCGAGAGAAGGAAAAGCGAUAGGAAAAAUAAUUGCGUAAUCCGAAUCAAAAUUUACUUCGAUUCGCGCGAACGACGCUUCAAUCGCGUUUCCUCUCCUAUCGUUUUCCUUUGUAUUCGCCUUCUUUCCUUUAUUUUUUUAGUUACGAUUGUAUCGAUAUUUUUUUUUUUUUUUUUUUUUUUUUUUUUUUUUUUUUUCUUUCAAGUAAUCGUUACUCUUUCUAACGAGGAAACGCAGCGACGACGAGCAAACGAACGAGAUAAUCGUUGAACACAUCCUCCUCGGACGCUCCUUUACUUAAAUACUUUUACUCGAUUAACACUUGUGUACUACUAUUUAUUAAAAACAAAGAAAGCCUUAUUUAUUGUUUAGAGAUCAGACUAAAUUAAAAAAGAAAAAAAAAAGAAGGACGUUCUAACCGUGCUAGGUUAUCUAUUUACCUUUACUAGAAUCGUACGAAAGGGGACGAAAGAAAGAGAUAAGAGAAGAAAAGAAAAUCAUUAUUUCUUUACUUCGCUGUUUUCGAAAAACCCUGACCGCCGUAUAAAAAGAGACGAAAGGAUAAAAGAAAAAAAGAAAGCGAAAUACAGCAUCCAUCGUAGAUACGAUCGUCGAGUCUCUAAGCAGUUAUGUUAUCGAUUAGUUAAGCGUUUCUUAAGCGAUCUACGUGCACGUUGUUCGAUUCUCUGUUCAAUUUGUUUCCCUCCUUUUUUUUCUUUUUUCUUUUGCCUUUUUAACAGUCUGUUUAACAGCGAACUUUGUCAAAGUACCUGCUUCGGAAACGAAAAGCAAACAAAAAAAAAAAAAAAGAUAAAAUAAAGAAAGAAGAAAACAUAUAUUAAAUUCGCGAGAAGACAAAGCACACAGGUACCGUCCCGUAUAUAUUAUAAAUAGCUCAUCUACUAUCAUGUACACGCAUCAUAAUUUAUGUAUACUCAUCGAACUGAGUUUUUACGAUAAUUGGUUCAGCGAAUCACCAUCGUGUGUCCUCGAUUCAUUGUAUAAAACAGAAGAAGCGACAAAGCGCGACAGAUGCAAUAAGAGAGUUAAUGUCGACAAAUUUUGGAACGUGUCUAAAAACAUUUUUCCUAUGGUGUUGUCAAGACGAUGUUGAAUGUAAAUAAGAUAUAAUAAAUAAUAUACCUUAUACGAUGUAAAACAA